CUGCAUACUGGCCUUCAUCAUGCUAGCUAUGGGUUGUGUUGUCUCACCGGAUGACUACAAAAGAGUGCAUCACCAUGACAGCCUUCUCAACCAUUGUUGCCAUGGGAAUGAUGCCUCUGAACCUGUUUAUCUACUCCCGAUCCUGGACGAAUGAUGGAGUCAUCAUUCCAUACAGUAGCAUCAUAAUUUCCCUGGUCCUUAUCGUGGUACCUGUCCUCAUUGGUAUGCUUAUAAAGUACAAGAAGCCCUCCUGGUGCCCGAUCAUUACCAAGAUUGCAAGCAUCGCUGGCUUAAUUAACAUUUUGGUCUGCACUAUCUUGAAUGGCAUCAUCAACCCAUCUAUGUUCUUCUCUCCAUGGCAACUGUGGUUUGCUAGUUUCAUCUUGCCACUGCUUGGCUACAUCUUUGGCUACCUGUUGGCUUUCAUCUUUCGUAGACCCUACCCCGAGUGCCGCACCAUCUGCUUUGAAACGGGCGCGCAAAACGUCGGCUUGGCUCUGGCCCUCAUCCUCGUGACCUUCCCAGAUACCACUCUCCUCCGAGAUAUGCUUGUCUUCCCGUCUCUCUACGCACCUUUCUUAGUUCUCCACGGAUGUUUGAUCGUUGCGAUUUACUUGAUUUUUCAAAAGUGGCGUGGACGGCGAGGGAUGGAUAAAUUACCCAACAAGGAGGAAGAGUCUCAGCGAGACGGGGCCUUUGAGAUGCUCAAAUAAUUUAAUCCUCCUAUUCCACUCCCAAAACGUCUCAAAAAUUGAUAAUGACUUUCUGCUGUAAAUAAAAAAUAUGCCAAUUGUGCCCUUUUAGCGACCUUCUUGUAUGUGGUUUUGACUUUUUAACUAAGUUUUGUAACUGGU